AAGCUCAAUAAUACAGAGAGAAUUAUAGAGAGCAACAAAACACAACACACUGCUUUACAACUAUCAAAUAACUAGUGUGGCCAAUCCAUCAUAAUAGAGAUACAACUCAACAAAUGUCCUCUUGAUUAUAAUCAGAAUUAUAUAGUAAUAAUAAUACAUUUCAAGUUUUAUUUUUGUUGUAAGAAAGUUAUUUCUAGGACGAAAUGAUUGUCCCUACAAAGCAAUUGGAAAAGAUAUGGUCAGAGGCACAAUCUCUCUACACAAAGGAAGGAUUCAUGGAAUUGGAUAAGCUCUUUCUGGGUCCCUAAUUCCUCAUUUCAUUUUCAGAGAAAGAAGUUUCCAAAACCAACAUUUAGUGAUCUCUACAUAUAAUAUUCCUAUUCCCCACUAAGUAUCAUCAAGCUAUAUAUAAUCACCACUUUGAAUCACCCAAGGCAAUAAACCAAACCAAAACAUCACAAGAAAAAAAAAACAGAGAGAUUUUUGACCUUAAAGCUUUUUAUAGAGUAAAAGAUGAUUUCAGAUCAGUUACCUUCUUCUUCAUCUCAAGUCUUCCAGGACCACUUCAUCGACAGUUUCGUCUCCAGAAAAUUGCUUCAGCAGAUCCCAUUUGCUCACAACGCUCAACAAGCUCAUGUACCUGAUAAGAACAACUUGAGCGGCAAUGUUCUCAUGCUGCUCUCUAUCCUUUUGUGCGGUAUCAUCUGCUCCCUCGGGUUGCAUUACAUAAUACGUUGCGCAUUCAGACGUUCUCGGAGUUUCAUGAUCUCUGAUCCCAUCUCUAUCCCAUCCACACCAAGAGAUUCAUCAGUAAACAAAGGGAUCCAGAAGAAAGCUCUCAAGAUGUUCCCAGUUGUGAAUUACUCACCUGAGAUUAACCAGCCAGGGCUUGGUGAAGAGUGUGUCAUCUGCUUGUCUGAUUUUGUUGCUGGAGAACAGCUACGUCUGCUUCCCAAGUGUAACCACGGGUUCCACGUUCGCUGCAUCGACAAAUGGCUUACGCAACAUAUGACUUGUCCGAAAUGCAGACACUGUCUGGUUGAUACAUGCCAAAAAGUCUCAAGUGAUUGCGAUGCAGCUGAUCAAGUGGCAGCAACAUCAACGGAGAGCAUAGAUAUCAGAAUUGCUCCUCUAGAACCUGAAGCAAGAGUAGCCACUUUUAGAUAAAGCAGCUAGAGAUCAUAAUUGCAAAAUUUGGCUCUCCAGCAAGAUUAUAGCUUUUCUUAGACUUAAAACACAAUUUAUGUCCCUAGCCAUAGGAUUUCAAAAUCAAACACAACAGAAUUUUUUUUUUUUUUUUGCCUUUUGUUGUGCCUAAAGCCCAAAGUGUACAGAGAAUAUACCUUAAGCUUUCUGUGGCAUCAUAAGUUCAUCAAACUUUUCUUUGCGUUUUGGUCAGUA